CCGCAAAAUUGCUCUUUGUCAAAAUCGACGGAGCAAGCAACUCGUCUUAAAUUAGCAAAGGUCUUCAAACCUGAGCACUGAAAAUCACCCCCUUAAACAUCCAAGGUUGCUAUGUCCUCUUGUCUAUUCCUCAAGUAUAUAAGAAACAGACCGUGCGCUAUUUCAUCAAUUGGUUCUUCUUCUUAUAUACUAUCAUAACUAAAAACAAAUCUCACAAUACACAAUGGCUGACGCAGGUAGAAAAGACUUUUCCGACAAAAUUGCAGAGGGUAUUACCCCAGAUUCCCAAAAAUCGUACGCUCAGCAAGCAAAGGAGGGGGUGACUGACGGUUUGGACAAGGCAGCCCGUACUUUACAACCAGAUAACACCAAGUCCACCAGUCAACAGCUCGGUGACUCUGUGUCCUCCGGUGCUGAAAAGGGUGCAAGUGCUGCCGAGGGCUCUGGUAAGAGUUUGGAGCAAACCGCCUCCGAGUAUUUGGACUCUGCAAAGAAGGCGGUCAACGAUGCUGUUGAGUAUGUCUCUGCUUCUGUCAGCGGUGCCAGCGAGGGUGCUAAGGACGGUGCUGCUGCUACAAAGAAGUAAAUUGGGCAUGUUUAUUGAACAUUCCUAAACACCAAUGACACUCUUCACAAAGAAUUUUAAAUUGAAAUAACUUUUAUCGAUACAUAUAAUUGAAUGACAACCAACGUUCUUUGAUUGGACAUCGUGAAUUGUAAGGCGUUGUUGAAAUUCAACAAAAUUCGUG